AUGCGCCUUUUGAACGUUAACAACUAUAAGUUCGCCGAAUUCCGUAACGACGACCUACCGAAGUACGUGAUCGCAUCGCAUCGAUGGGUCGAAGGGUGCGAAGUAACGCUACAAGACCUUCGUGAUAGGCAAAACACCGACAAGAGUGGAUACAAGAAGAUUAUAGACUUUGCAAAGUAUGUUAAGGAACAUAUUCCGGGGGUGGAGUGGCUGUGGGUGGAUACGUACUAUAUCAAUAAGGACAGCGACCCCGAACUGUCUAGAUCGUUGAACCUAAUGUUCGACUGGUAUUCCAAUGCCGUAUUAUGCAUUGCAUAUCUCGCCGACGUUAAGGAAGCUGAAGAUAGGAGCGCGUUUGCAUAG